UGGGGCGAGCUCCGUUCCUCAACCGUUUCCCGGCGUGCCCGCCCUGCACCUCCUCCACGUUGCGCUGCGUGGAUCAUACUGCACUCUGCGUGGCCACAUGUUCAAGCACACGAGCCCCGAGCCCACGGGCUGAUGAGAGGAAACCGUCAAGGAGCAAGAGGUCCGAAUACGAAAAGGGUUACCAUUGCGGCUGAUCAGCCUUGAAUGUGUCUCGUCUCGUCACGUCGACGUCGACAGACACACCCAUGAUCCCCUAGAAACACCCCCGUCUCGACUCCGGGCGACAUCAACGAAACCUUUUUUUUCUUUUCUACUUGGGGAUAACGGGCCCAGGGCCAAAGUCAAAAGGCACCCGCUGCUCCAGAAUUCAUCAUACAUUGUCCCUAUCUGCCGGCACGCCGUUCUGCUGCCUCGAUUAUCUAUCCGUCUAUGUUACGGAUCGCCCCCCCGCCGCUGCCCAUUGCCUCCCGGUCGUUUGCUCCUUCUCUUCCCACUCUUUCCCCAGCCUGAGACGUCCUUGUCAUGUACGUACUGCCCAGUACGACCUGAAGUACCUACGUAAGGUACUAGUAGUGCAUACCUCACGCAGCUCCCGCCAUUCCACUACCGCCGCCUUCCUUGCUCAGCCGAGACAACUCCCCAGUACUUCUACAGAGGAAACGGCCUUUUUUAGCGCAGGGAUUCUCCGGCCCCUAUACUGUACGCCUUAAACGCCUCCCCACGUCGACCCCUUCGACCUCAUCCUCUUCCUUCUUUCCUGUCCCCCCACAGACAAAAGUAUUACUUUGGUCACCAUUGAGCGCAUAGCUCGUCGUCGUGUCGUCGCCGCUGCUCCCCGACGCGCUCUGCUCUGCUCUGCUCAGACCGUCGACGCCCUUGAACACGCCCCCCCGGACACCGCCGUCAAGCUGUUGGGCCAGUCCUCAGCGAGGUAUUCACAGAUACACCGCCGUGCCCACGAACAGAUCACGUUACGACACGGACGCGCUCAUCUCCGACACCGCCGUCCCAGCAAGGCCUCGUCCGGGCGAGUCUGCUAAGCCGUCCGUCGCCUCCAGAAGCCGCCUUCUGCUGGCCGCGUCUUAAGGCAUCUCACACCCUCUUCUUCUCUCCAUCACAUCCGACCUUGACCGCAAUGGCUGCGUCCGGCUUCUCUAUCAUGGGCGCCAUGCCCGAGCCGAGCCUCUUCAGCUUCCCGCCCCAUGGCCAGCCCGCGCCGCUGCCGCCCGCCUCGGCGGACCUCUCUAUUAUGCGGCCCUUCAACAUCCCCGACAAGGUCUUCGCCGCCGCCCUUGACCCGCGGGUCCCUUUGACCAUCGCCGCGCUCUACGCCGUCUCGGCCAAGGCCCUCAACAAGUACAACCGCUCCCGCAACAAGCAGCCGUGGUCCAUUAGCAAGACGCGCCCCUUCCGCGCCUUCGUCGUCCUCCACAACGUCUUCCUCGCCGUCUACUCGGCCUGGACCUUCUGGGGCAUGCUGGGCGGCAUGCGACGCAGCAUUGUCAGUCCCACGGGACCCGGCGGCCUGGCUGCCACGGCCGACAGCUUCUGUCGUCUUCACGGCCCGGCCGGCCUCGGACGCUCCAUCUACUACAACGAGACGACGGGCGACUGGGACAGCGCCGACCCUUCCUCGAUGGCCUCGGGCAUGGUUGCCGGCAACCCCAGCAACUUGGAGUCCGGUCGCCUCUGGAACGAGGGCCUCGCUUACUACGGCUGGAUCUUCUACCUCAGCAAGUUUUACGAGGUCCUCGACACCUUCAUCAUCCUCGCCAAGGGCAAGUUCAGCUCCACCCUGCAGACCUACCACCACGCCGGCGCUAUGCUGUGCAUGUGGGCCGGUAUGCGGUACAUGUCUGCCCCCAUCUGGAUGUUUGUCCUCAUCAACUCCUUCAUCCACUCUCUCAUGUACACCUACUACACCUUGACAGCUUUCUCGAUCAAGGUUCCUAUGGGCGUCAAGCGAACCCUGACUACGAUGCAAAUCACCCAGUUCCUUGUUGGUGCCUCGUAUGCCAUGGCUCACUCGUUCGUCACAUACAUCGCCCCCGUAACCCUGAGCACUAUCACCUCGGCCCCAGUGGACGUCCCUGCCGCGCCGGCUGACUCUGUCCUGCCGACCGCUGCUGGCACCCUGGACUCGCUCAAGAAGCUCAUCUUCGGCUCCGUCACCAAGGACGCCGCUGCAGCCGUUGCGGGGUCUGUCAAGGAGCAGACCUUGACCACCGAGACGCUCUACGUCGCACAGCCGUGCAUCGGCACCGCUAACGAGACGUUUGCCAUCUGGCUCAAUGUACUCUACCUCGCGCCCCUCACGUACCUCUUUGUUAGCUUCUUUAUUGCCAGCUAUGUGAAGCGUAGCAACGCCGCGCAAAAAGCCAAUGGAAAGCCGCACCGCCGUGAGAGCAACGUGGCCCUGGCCGAAAAGGCUGGCUGGGACGCCGCCCGGGGCGUCGAGCGGGAGGUGUACGGCGGCGAGAACAUGCUGGUCGACGGCCAGGCCAACGGCAGCGCCAGCGCCGUCGACGAUGACGAGCCGCCAAAGGCCAAUGGAAAGACGAGACGAAGGGCCUGAUCUGACCAGGUGCCCUUGGAAGAUGAACACACGCAUGUCGCGGGCUACUAAAACCCGUCUGUGGCCAGCGCGCCAGGUGGUCCCGCGCGUGUAGAUAAAAGGUGUGCUAUAUGCCAUGGCAGUAUUGGGUGAGAGUCCCGAUAUAUGGUUGUCUGGCCAGAUGUUUCCAGAGCAUCAUUACUGGACGAGCGCGGUAUACAUAAAAGCACGAUGCGGCGGGCGGAGGAAGAGUCAUGGUUGGCAGAAUCAACUGCGGGAAGAGUAGCAAGGAAGAGGAGGGAAAACACAUUGCGAGCGUUACAUCACUUUUGUACAUACCUAAAUUGAAGGA